CGCGUCUAUAACCCGCGUGUAGUGUGUGCCGGACUGUUGGUGGUAGUGUUGCGACUCGGUGUUAUGCUUUCGGCUUCGAGCGGGAUCUGAAUGUGAAACGGGAGAAAUGGCGAAAUCCGUGCCGGACAGGUGGUUGGAGUACAAAGCGUUUGGCAAGGUGAUCAAAGGCACGAAGAUAGUGGCGUUCAAAGUACCCCUGAAGGAGACCCUGGUUAAGGAUCUGCCGCCUGACCAACGAUUCACGACUGCGACGUUGCUGAAAACAUUUCCGCGGCUCAAGCACAUCGUCGACCUGACGAACACCUUUCGGUAUUACGACCAGAAGGAGUUCACCGCUGCCGGACUCCGCUAUGACAAGAUCAUGGUCCCGGGGGCGCUCAUCCCUCGCAUGGACGUCAUUAAAAAGUUCUUCAAAUCGAUGGACGACUUCUCCUCGACGAGCGGCGACGAUGAUUUGGUAGGUGUCCACUGUACCCAUGGAGUGAACCGCACCGGGUACCUCAUCUGCAGGUACCUCGUGCAGCAAUUGGGCUGGGAAUGUCAAGACUCGAUAAAAGCGUUCGAGGAGGCGCGCGGCCACACGUUUGACCGGGAGAUCUUCGUGAACGACCUGAAGAAGGUGCCGAAGGGGGAGAAGAUCGACACGAGCAAGGUGACGAGGUCGCAGCCAGUCCCGAUGCGCAAGAUGUUGCUGAAGGAUCAUACGCUGAAGCGAUUCGGCCGGCACCACCUGAUGGGCCCACCGGGCCCCCCAGGAUUCGUUCCGCCACCAGGACGUCGAGGUUUCGCGGCAAACGGGGCCCCGUAUCCACAGCCCUUCGGUUUCAGGCCCCCAGGAGGGUUCGGGCCCAUGGGUCCGCCGCCAGGUCCCAUGCCGCCUCCGCCGCCGGGCCCCAUGUUCGGGCCCCCUCGGGCUCUGAGGCCCUCGCGGCCGCCGCCCCCCAGGUUCGGCCUGCCGCCUCACCCGAUGCGGCCGCCGCUGCCGCCACCCGGGCCCGGAGGCAUGCCGCCUCGGCCGGGUUUCCACCCGAUGCGCAUGCCCGUGCCUCCCAGGAUGCCCCCGGGACCCCCCCGACUACCGCCGUGCCCGCCGCCCCGGAUCCCCGGCCCCCAGAUGCCGCCACCCCCGCCGCCGGUGGUCGCGAAACGCCUGCAGACUCCUAAGAAGAAGGUCCGCCGCGACGUGCCGACUGCCCCAGGACCCCGGAGCUCUGCCCUCCACCAGGUCAGCCGCCUGCGGCCCAGGAACCUUGGCGGACCCAAGCCUCCGGCAAAGGAGCAGGACUUCACCGUGGACACCUUCGAGGAGAACCUCGCGAGCACCAGGCCCACCCCUGGGCCCGUGCGCCGGCCCAAGACCCGCUUCGGACUGCCCAAGUGACGAAUGCCACCCCUAGGGAGGCGAACUGUCUAACCCUCGACCCCGCGACCGACUCGACUCUCUCUCUGUAUGAUACGCCCGCGCCGCAGCCCGGGGCCCGCUUGUACCCCCCGGGCCCCGCUCUGCGGCCCUCCAAGACGUCGUCGCGGAUUCAUCCUGUCCUUUUUAUUACGGAGCGUUCACUUUUAACGACGGCGCUUACGCCGGUGACCGCGCGUCUCCGAUUUGACUAAAUAAAGUGCACCU